GACGGAGGUAUGACUGCAGUUGUGGAGGAUGAGUAACGGUAAAAGCACCCGAUGUGGCAUUACUAAGCCGCAGGACAUCGCAUGGAGGACAGAAAUUCCUAAAAUACGUUUACCGUAUGCCUCCUGUCCUCUUCCACACUGCAUAAUUCCUUCUCCCACGAGUCCCACACCUUCCCUGAAGCGGUCCUCUUUCAAACCCCGCCCUCAAGCUAUUCUGUUCCUCCUUCCAAACCUUCCUAUUCAUCCUCCCUCCCCUGUGAAACGUAAACCAUAGCCCUUCCCCUUGCUUUAUGCAGGCUUUCUCCUCCCUCUGCUGUGCUGCUCUGCCACUGAAGGGAAACAAAUGCUCUGGGAUUAAGAACUGCCGUUUCUAUGAUUGGUUCAACGUGAGGACUACAUUUCCCAUGAUGCAGCUCUCUGGAUUGCACGACUGUAGCGAUGUCGGGGGGUGAAUCUAUAUGUGUGAAGGCUGUCAUCAUUCCGGGCAAUGGUGGAGGAAAUGUAGAGUCCUGUCUGUGGUAUGGAUGGACUAAAAAGAGGUUGGAAAAGAUUCCAAAUUUUAGGUGUUUGCUUAAAAACAUGCCGGAUCCAUUUACAGCAAGAGAAAGUAUAUGGCUGCCGUUUAUGGAAUCGGAGUUGGGGUGUGAUGACAAAACCAUAAUAAUUGGACACAGCUCUGGAGCCGCUGCAGCUAUGAGGUUUGCUGAAACACACAAGGUGUAUGCCAUUAUUUUAGUGUCUGCCUAUACCUCGGACUUGGGAGAUGAAAAUGAAAAAGAAAGUGGAUAUUUCAGCCGGCCAUGGCAAUGGGAGAAGAUAAAAAACAACUGUGGUCAUAUCAUUCAGUUUGGCUCCACAGAUGAUCCAUUCUUGCCAUGGCACGAGCAGCAAGUAGUGGCCGACUGCCUAAGCGCCAACCUAUACAAAUAUACAGACCGCGGGCACUUUCAGAACACUGAAUUUAAAGAACUGUUGAGUGCAGUGAAGAAACUAAUCCCUGCUUCCAAAUAAAUACCAUCUCCAGCCA